GCAGUGGCAGCGGCAGCCAUGACCACGCACACCACAACGGGGACGAAUACGAAAAAAGCGACACCGACACCGACAGUGACAGUGAAGGUGACGAGCAGCAUUCAGCCAGCGAGACAGCUUCGCAUUGCAUGGGGACAUGCCAGCACCGCCUCACGAGCCGUUUCCGGCACGUUCGGACGCCAGUGAUUCAUCCUGAGCUGCAUUGGAACUAACAGUCAGUCCGACUCCCGCUCCCGCACUCCCGCUCACUCACUUUCUCUCUCUGAUUCCGAAUCGGAUUUGCAUAAAAUUGAAGCGAAGUCACGCCACAGACCGAUAACAUUAAGAGAAGGCGACGAAAUCACAGCGAUCGGCCGCGAUGGGCAGCCUGCCGAAUCUGCACGAGCUGGAGGCGGCCGAGCGCAAGCGUGAGAAGCGUAGGGAGUACGAACUGCUGCUGGAGCAGCGGGCCAGGGACACCAGCAGGGAGCGUGAGCGUCUCUCCGCAUUCGCCCAGCAGCGCAAGCAAUCUUCGUACAAUGCCUACGUCAUGGCCGGAUUGGGAGUUGGCGGCGGCUCGCUGAGUCUUUCGACCGCCGGAACUGGGAACGGAGAUCUGCCCAUCGCCAAUGGAGCUGCUGCCGCGAAAUCGGAGGCCAUGGCCUGCAGCACGGCGACAACAACGACGGCAACCACAACGACCAGCACGUUCAGCGGCUUUGCCAUGCUGGGGCUGACCACGAAGAGGAUUACAACGCACUCGCACCACCAGCACGUCCCUCCGCAUCAGCACCAGCAUCAACACCAGCAUCAGCAUCUGCAUCAGCAUCGCCACUCGCUAACCACCAGGCAUCGGGUGCUGCGUACCCGCAGCUCGGGUGGAGCCCAGAACGUUUGGGAUGACCAGAUGAUGGAGGCGCACUUCGCCGCGUACUCUCCCUCGCCGGUAUCCACGCGCUCGCACCGCAUCAAUCCGGUGUCCUCGUACCAGGUGCAGGCGACGCUGGCGGCCUCACGGCGCCGCGAGUCGAUCAACAGCUCGAUCGGCGCCACCUCCAUACGGCGGCUGAUCACGCUGAACAACCGGAACUGCCGACACCGUGUGCCGGCCCACGUGCGCCAAAAGGUGUGGCGCCAGUUCAGCUGCCUAGCCAUCGCCCACGGCCUGAUGAACGCCGUGCUGCUGCCGAUGAUGGCCCUGCAGGGCUCCAAUGCGGUGUGGCACCACCGCGAGCAGUGGCUGCCCAUCGGCCCGGACAUCGGGUCGCUGCUGCUCAGCACCCUGUUCCUGCUGGCCGCCGGCAUGUGCCUGCCCAGCGCCUGGCUGAUGCGCCGCUACGGCUACACGCCGCUCCUGGCGGCCAACUACCUGGCGGUGAUGCUCUUCGUACUGUCGCACAUUUACGCCUCCAUUUACACGCUGCUGCCGGCCUACCUGCUGCUGGGGCUCACCAUCAGCGGCGCCAAUGGCUGCAAGGCGGCCCUCAUCGUCCACUUCGGUGGGAGGCUGAGCUGCUCCCAGGCCGCCUGCGAGCAGCAGGCGCAGGCCGCCGUGGACGUGCUGAACGAGGAGCACAAGAUGUUCUGCAACCGGGAGCAGAAGGUGCGACGCUUGGCCCGUUGGUUCCGCGCCUCCCAGGACCUAGGCCUGAUCGUGGGUGCCCUGUUGGCCUCGCUGCUGCUCGUGUGCAACGGCAGCGACUGGAGUUGCUCCGGAGCGGGGGACACGCGCAAUGGGACUGCGACUGUGGCCGCGGCCGCGACUGCCCCCCAGCUGCGGGACUUCUUUAACCGGAAUGAGCACGGCGAGCGGAUUUGCGGGGCAGACAUGUGUCCGCUGAGGGUGCAGACACCGCUGGCCGCGGAUUGGGCCAACGAGACCGAAUCCAGCUCCGCGCAGCGCUCCAUCUACGUGGGGUUCAUCGAGAGCGGCGCCCGGGCUGGUGGCCAGUCGCUGCUGUGGCUUUACGUGCUCUUCUCCCUGGUAUCGCUGAUGCUUUCGCUGGUGGCGGUGGUGGGCAAGGUGCAAGGGGCCGCCUCCACGGGCGCGUCGCGACAGGAGAGGGGCUCGGGCUUCAGCAGGGACGUCAGCAUCACGGACACGCUGCUCUUCGCUGGACCGCUGGCCUACUUCGUGGGCACGGAGCAGGCCUACAUGCUGGGCGACUUCCUGCGAGCCUUCGUCUCCUGCUCGCUGGGCAUCGGCAUGAUAGCUGGCGCCAUGGUUGGCAUGGGACUGAUGCAGCUGAUCGUCUCCUGCACGCUCAGCAUGCUCCUGCGGCACGUCAAGCGCAUCGUGGUGAUCUUGGCCGGAUUCUUCUUCCACUCCUGCCUGCUGCUCGCGCUCUCCAGCUGGAAGCCGUCGAACGACGACAGCGCUCUGUUCUACGUAAUAGCCGCCUCAUGGGGCGCCUGCAACGGCAUGUGGGAGACUCUGCUCCUCUCGCUGGUCACCCUCAACCAUGCGAACCAUGUGACCGAGGUGUCGGCGCCGCUGCAGGCCCUCCGCUUCCUGGGCCUGGGCAUCACCUUCGCCGGGCACGGCUUCCUCUGCGAGUCGCUGAAGAUCAUCGCUCUGGUGGUGCUGCUGGUGAUCAGCGUGCCGCCCUACGCCACGCUCGAGAUCCGUCUGGAGGCCCAGCGCAAGGCCACGCUCAUCAGCUUAUGACGGAGCAUCUUCAGCUAGUCCCGACGCCAGCGGCGGGGCACCGUGGCCCGCACCCACACCAUGUGAGGGCGGCUUAACCAGGUCCGACGGACUGGCGCCGACCGGACCACCACCGCCACCACCCCCGACCUGAUCGAGUUGAGACCCAUCAGUAUUGAAAGAGAGACAAGAGUCAGGGUACAUUUCAGUAUUUCCUUGGCGCUCUGAGAGGCAGCAGCCGAGGAGGGCACUCGGCACGCGCUCCCCCCUGCAUCCAGGACGGACUCUCGCCCAUUGAGUCCCCAGUUAGAGUUCGUUCGUACGACUAGACACUAAGAUUGAUCGUAUAUACAAUACAUUACAUGUACAUAUAUAAAUGUUGGACUGGGUAAGGGGGGGAUUCGUGUCCACCCCAUCCAUUCUGUCCCAUCUGUGUGCAUUCUUAACUGUAGCAUUUGCCAGUGCCAAUAAUGUUGUUCCAUGUCCGUAAAUUUGUGUACUGUACUACAUACAUACAUACUUACUACUCGUGUAUCUAUCAAAUAGAGAGCUUUGUGUGGUUUCUUCCGUGGUGGGUGUCCAGCUGUGGAUAGCUAUGCGAUGUGUGCAUAUGCUCCAGCUGCUGCAGCAAGCCGCCAAUAUAGCCAAUAGUUUAAGAGAUAAUACGAUCUGAUACAA